UAUUGUGUGGGCUAUUGUAUUUCCGAGUGCCUUUCCACCAGUAUUAGCAACAACAAAAACUAUUUCACCAUUAGAAUAGAUAACAUGUAAUUGCGAUUGUGACCAACCAACCAGACCAGACCAUUCCGUGGAGCACAGGAAAAGUUCAAAGUCAUCACAGCUCGGCAGAAGCGGGUACAACUUAGUUUUUACUUUCGUGUCAUAUUUGUAAAGAUCCCGGUGCUGGAAGCGGGUGGAAAUAAGUAGCGCGCAAAUGGUGGCGGAUUUUUAGUCUAUCCCCACCUCGCACACAUCAUCGACCUGCUGUUUAAAUUCUAAAGUGAGAGCAGAUCCGAAAUAAAACCGAAAUUAAGAGCAAAAUGAGCGACUCGCUGACGUUGGCGAGCGAUGCUGGGAAAGAUUUUGCUCCCGCCAGCACGCCCACAUCCGCCCUGCCGCUGCCCACAGUUGCGCAGGGGUUGAACCAGACAAUGGAUCUUCAGGAUCCCAAAAACAACGGCUUCUGGCUCUGGAAAUGGUUGUGUAAUUGGACAUCCAGCUCACCGACCAUGCUGCGCGCCGUGGAGAAGAAGAUAUUGUCGUACGUGAAGCUGCCCUACCGCGGCUUCUUCGUGGACAUUGGUCCGGCGGUGGGCGAGGCAGACAAGAUAUGGACGAUCAGUAUGAACACGGAGUCGAAGGAGGUACCCCUGGUAUUGCUUCAUGGCCUAGGAGCGGGGAUUGCCCUGUGGGUGAUGAACCUGGAUGCAUUCGCCAAGGGAAGGCCCGUCUAUGCAAUGGAUAUCUUAGGCUUCGGCAGAAGUUCUAGACCAUCUUUCGCCAAGGACGCACUCAUAUGCGAGAAACAGUUCGUUAAGUCCGUGGAGGAGUGGCGCCGCGAGAUGAAUAUCCAGGACAUGAUCCUCUUGGGCCAUUCCAUGGGCGGUUUCAUCGCCUCUAGCUACGCCCUAUCAUAUCCAGAGCGGGUGCGACACCUAAUUUUGGCCGAUCCGUGGGGCUUUCCCGAGAAGCCCUCCGACUCGACGAACACCAAGCAGAUACCGCUCUGGGUGCGGGCAAUAGCUAGAGUACUGACGCCGCUCAAUCCACUGUGGGCGCUACGCGCCGCUGGACCGUUUGGCCAGUGGGUGGUUCAGAAGACGCGUCCGGAUAUUAUGCGCAAGUUCCAGAGUACCAUCGAAGAGGAUAUUAAUCUCUUGCCGCAGUACAUCCACCAGUGUAACGCUCAGCACCCAAGCGGUGAGUCUGCCUUCCAUACAAUGAUGCAAUCCUUUGGGUGGGCCAAGAACCCAAUGAUCCACCGUAUUAAGGAUGUGCGCAACGAUAUCCCCAUUACGUUUAUCUACGGAUCCCGCUCCUGGAUUGACUCUUCAUCCGGUGAGAAAAUCAAGUCGCAGCGUGGUAGCCACAUGGUUGACAUUAAGAUCGUGACCGGAGCGGGCCAUCAUGUCUACGCCGACAAGCCAGACGUCUUCAAUCGCUAUGUGAACGAAACCUGUGAUAUUUACAAGGUGGGCGCCGCCGGAAAGCUGAUCACGCCCGUGCAGCUUAUACGUGAGUCUACCGAGUCGGAUGAGGAGCGGGAGCCCAACCUUCGCACAGCAAAGACUGUAGAGGUUCAGCCGGAUAUGGAGAAACAGCCCGCGGAGCAGCCCACACAGCCCGCCACCGCCGAUACGUCCACAGUGCCUGUCGAUGAUCUUACGGCCAAUAUCAAGCCGAAAUGAGGGGCAGCAGCGAGGAUCCCAGAGCACCAAUACCAGCUCUUUUACAGCCUGUAUCAAUUAGAUAAGUCUACCUAGUAUUAAAUUGUCAUUUUAUCUACUCAGUCGUUACUUUUGCUCUCUGUUUUAUAGUCGAACUUCGUUAACUCAAAGUAAUAGCUAAUUGUGUUACAGACAUUUUAUGUAAUGCUCCUUCUGCAACUUAAUUUAUUUAAAUUAGUUUAAAUAUAUUUAUCAAGAAAUCGAUUCUAGUUAAUGAAAUACACUUCCAUUAAUUCCCUUUUCUAUACAAAAAUAAUGAAAUCUUAUCUAGCAAAGCAGUUCUAUGGAACAAGUUAUAGAAGUUCGUCUGUACGGGCUACUUAGCACAAUGAUUUGAGUUUACGUGUGCUGAUUCAGUCAGAGUGCAAAGGUCGACAUCGUUCGCACUGCCAACGCGCAUGGAGAUCCAUUGAUAAAUGGCCAGCCACUAAUGGGGCGAUUACGGGCUCCGCCAAAAAGCACACUACAUGCUUGGGGGCGGGCGCGUACGUCAGAGUUGGCAUCGAUCCGGAAGAGCCCACACGCGUCAGUUGUUUUCAAUUCUUUCUGCCCAGGUCUAAGGCUAUCGAGAGGUUGCCUUUGGCUUGAUAGGCAUUUCAAAACAAUUGAAUUAUGUAGGUUAAGCCAGGAGCGGAUUUAAUGUUAAAAGCUCUAAGCAAUUAAUGUACCUAAACACUAUUUUGUAUUAAAAACUAACAUAAUAAAAUGCAACAACUCGAAACUUA